GAUUUAUUUAUUAAUUUUUUGCAUUAUUUAAUUUUCAAUGAUAUGGUGAAGUUCUGUGGAUAGUGUGGUAAGUCCCCACUUUCUGUGAGUAUACUCUUCUCCCAUUCCAUCCCUUUGUUUUGUCUCUCUCUUUCUCUAUAAAUAACCCUUUUCCUUCUUUCCUUAGACUCCCCUUCCAACAUACUGCUAUUCUUCUUCUUCUUCUUCUUCCUUCUCUCUCUCUCUCUGCUCCUUUUCUUUCACACCAUAACCAACCAUGGAAGAUCCCUUUGCUUCCAUUCUCAAUUUUCAUGAGAGUUGCGAUGGGUUGAGGCAAAAUCUCUUGGCCACCACACUGGAACUGGAGACGAUGAAGAACGCGAACAGAGAACUUAUGAAUCACUUGAAGAUGGCUUGCAAAGAGAGGGACGAAGCAAGACAAGAACUUCAAAAACUGUUCAAAAAACUAACACCCCCCACUCUGGUUGAAAUCCCUUCCUCCAUGAUGAUUCCAACACCAACCAAAUCCAGCAUCACAGAAUCCAACAGCCCCUCGCACGUUUCCUCCCCCGUAGAUUCCCUUCUCGAGGCAGCUUCUCCUCGGGAGUUCCCCAACAUGAUUGUCGACUCACACAACAACAUGGCUUAUCAUCUCCAACAACCUUUGGUUACGAGGGUGUCCCAGAAGCGCACGUGCGAUGUUGGGGACGAAGUGAUCGAACACCUUGCCAAGAAAAGAACGUUGCCCCAAAAGGGUAUGCUCCUUAAGGCUGUGGUCGAUGCGGGUCCCUUGCUUAAGACACUCCUUGUUGCGGGCCCACUUCCCACGUGGCGCAACCCCCCUUCUUCGCAGACCAUAGAGACUCCAUGCCUCAAUGUUCAAGACUUUGGUUGCAGCAAUGUUAAUAACUUCAAUUUACUGCAGAAACCAACGCUUGCAUUUGCAUCUUCUCGUUCUUUGCAGCCUUCUGUGUUGAAUGUUUCUGCUGUGAACAACAGUGCCUUGCAGAUGAGUUCAAAUACUUCUUGCAAGAAUCUCGCCCCGUCGAGGAUUCCACAGAGCCAUCAGUAUCUUCUAUGAAAUUGAAUCGCCCUCACAAUUAUUUUUAUUCUGUAAAGUGAGUUAGAAAUUUUGGUGUAAAUGGCAUACCCCGGCUCUGAUUCAAUUCUCAAGCUGACCUAUUUUGGUUCUAGUUGAAACAUGACAAUUUAUUGCAAGAUUUUAUUCA